AUGACCGAUUUGGCAAAUGCGUCUCAUGAAUCUGCACUUAUUCUUCGUUCAUCAAUUGCUUCUCUUGUUAUUAUUACUCGUUAUUCUCGUUAUCCUAUGGUUAUAGCACGUUUUCUAAUGACAAAUGCAAUUAAUCAAUUACUUGAACAUUAUAAUCAAAAUGAUAGUACACGUUUAAUAGUUGGUUAUCCUGGUUUAAUAAAAAAUCUUAUUCAAUUACUUGGUUUAAAUAUUUAA